GCCGCCCCGCCCCCGUCCCGCGCGGCGCAAACAUGGCUGCGGCUGGCACCGGCCGCUGAGGCGGUAACCCGGCGGGGGCUGUUGGGUGUCAUGGGCGGCGACGGCGGCACCGCCCCCGCGUCUCCCUGAGCGGGACGGCAGAGGAGGCGUGGGGCGCGGGGGAGGUGGUCUUCUGCGCCGAGCCGGGCGAUGGACGGAAGCGGCGAGCUGGGCGGUCUGGAGACCAUGGAGACGCUGACGGAGCUGGGCGAUGAGCUGACCCUGGGGGACAUCGACGGUAGAUGCCACUGGACCGAGCCAGACACAGUGGCUUAUGUUACCUCCGGGUCCCAGGCCCUGUAAGGUAUACGUCAACUUGGGAUCUCUUUGGAUGAAACCCGGGACUGUCAUGCACAGAGAUGCUGCAGUUCGUCAGCAAUCAAGUGGGCGAGUUCCCUGACUUGUUCUCAGAGCCGCUCUGUGGCUCCUUCCCUGGCGGUGGCAGUGGCAGUGGCAGCGGUAGUGGCAGCGGCGGCGGCAGCAGCAGUGGCGGAGCCGGAGCCGGGAGCGGGGACCCCUCCGGGCAGCGGCCCUUCAGCCAGGUCCCGCUACCGGCCUUCUCCCCCUCGGCCACCUCCUCGCAGGCUGCGACCCUCCAGGUCAAGGCGCCCGCCGCCUCGGGUCCCACCCCGCCAAGGGCGGCCCCGGUUCUGCAGCCCCGCCCCCAGCCGCAGCCCCCGCCCCCCGCCCCGCUGCCGCAGCAGACCGUCAUGAUCACCCCGACCUUCAGCACCGCUCCGCAGACGAGGAUCAUCCAGCAGCCCGUCAUCUACCAGAAUGCAGCUACCAGCUUUCAAGUCCUUCAGCCUCAAGUCCAGAGCCUAGUGACCUCCUCCCAGGUGCAGCCAGUCGCCAUCCAGCAGCAGGUGCAGACGGUGCAGGCCCAGCGGGUGCUGACGCAGACCGCCAAUGGCACGCUGCAGACCCUGGCCCCGGCCACGGUGCAGACGGUGGCUGCCCCCCAGGUGCAGCAGGUCCCGGUCCUGGUACAGCCUCAGAUCAUCAAGACAGACUCCCUUGUCCUGACCACACUGAAGACAGAUGGCAGCCCCGUGAUGGCCGCGGUCCAGAACCCCGCCCUCACUGCCCUCACCACCCCCAUCCAGACAGCCGCCCUGCAAGUUCCGACCCUGGUGGGCAGCAAUGGGACCAUUCUGACCACGAUGCCUGUGAUGAUGGGACAAGAGAAGGUGCCCAUUAAGCAGGUCCCCGGGGGAGUCAAGCAGCUUGAGCCUCCCAAGGAAGGAGAAAGGCGGACGACACACAACAUCAUCGAGAAGCGGUAUCGCUCCUCCAUCAAUGACAAAAUCAUUGAGUUGAAGGACCUGGUCAUGGGGACUGAUGCCAAGAUGCACAAGUCUGGUGUUCUGAGGAAGGCCAUCGACUACAUCAAAUACUUGCAGCAGGUCAAUCAUAAACUGCGCCAGGAGAACAUGGUGCUGAAGCUGGCCAAUCAGAAGAGCAGUAGGGUUUUCUUUACAGAGCUCCUGAAGGGCAUCGACCUGGGCAGCCUGGUGGACAAUGACGUGGACUUGAAGAUCGAUGACUUUAAUCAGAAUGUCCUUCUGAUGUCACCUCCGGCCUCCGACUCAGGGUCCCAGGCUGGCUUCUCCCCGUACUCCAUCGACUCAGAGCCAGGAAGCCCUCUAUUGGAUGAUGCAAAGGUCAAAGAUGAGCCGGACUCUCCUCCGGUGGCGCUGGGCAUGGUGGACCGCUCCCGCAUCCUGCUGUGUGUCCUCACCUUCCUCUGCCUCUCCUUUAACCCCCUGACCACGCUGCUGCAGUGGGGGGGGGCCCACGACGCAGACCAGCACCCGCACUCAGGCCCCGGCCGCAGCAUGCUGUCGCUCGAGUCAGGCUCCAGGGGCUGGCUCGACUGGAUGAUGCCAACGCUCCUCCUGUGGCUGGUGAAUGGCAUGAUCGUGCUGAGCGUCUUUGUGAAGCUGCUGGUUCACGGGGAGCCAGUGAUCCGGCCGCACUCGCGAUCCUCAGUCACCUUCUGGAGGCACCGAAAGCAGGCAGACCUGGACCUCGCCCGGGGGGACUUCGCGGCUGCCGCGGCCAACCUGCAGACCUGCCUGUCGGUGCUGGGCCGGGCCUUGCCCACCUCCCGCCUGGACCUGGCCUGCAGCCUCUCCUGGAACGUGAUCCGCUACAGCCUGCAGAAGCUGCGCCUGGUGCGCUGGCUGCUCAAGAAGGUCUUCCAGCACCGGCGGGCUGCCCCAGCCACUGCUGCGGGCUUUGAGGAGGAAGCGAAGACCAGCGCCCGGGAUGCAGCCCUGGCCUACCACAGGCUGCACCAGCUGCACAUCACAGGCAAGCUUCCCGUGGGAUCCGCCUGUUCCGACGUACACAUGGCCUUGUGCGCUGUGAACCUGGCUGAAUGUGCCGAGGAGAAGAUCCCUCCGAGCACGCUGGUGGAGAUCCACCUGACCGCCGCCAUGGGGCUCAAGACCAGGUGUGGAGGCAAGCUGGGCUUCCUGGCGAGCUAUUUCCUCAGUCGCGCCCAGAGCCUGUGUGGCCCCGAGCACAGCGCCGUCCCCGACUCGCUGCGCUGGCUCUGCCAUCCCCUGGGCCAGAAGUUCUUCAUGGAGCGGAGCUGGUCAGUGAAGUCGGCUGCCAAGGAGAGUCUGUACUGUGCCCAGAGGAACCCAGCUGACCCCAUCGCCCAGGUACACCAGGCCUUCUGUAAGAACCUGCUGGAGCGAGCAGUGGAGUCCUUGGUAAAACCUCAGGCCAAGAAGAAAGCUGCAGACCAGGAGGAGGAGAGCUGUGAAUUCUCCAGCGCUCUCGAGUACCUGAAAUUACUGAACUCUUUUGUGGACUCCGUGGGGAUUGUGACCCCCCCCUUCUCCAGCAGCUCUGUGCUCAAGUCGGCCCUUGGCCCAGACGUCGUCUGUCGGUGGUGGACGUCCGCCAUCACCAUGGCCAUCAGCUGGCUCCAGGGAGAUGACGCCGCUGUGCGCACUCACUUCACCGAAGUGGAGCGGGUCCCCCAGGCCCUGGAAGUGACAGAGAGCCCCCUGGUGAAGGCCGUCUUCCACACCUGCAGAGCCAUGCACGCCUCACUAUCCGGGAAGGCGGACGGGCAGCAGAGUUCCUUCUGCCACUGCGAGAGGGCCAGUGGCCACUUGUGGAGCAGCCUCAACGUCAGUGGAGCCACCUGUGACCCCGACCUUAACCAUGUGGUCCAGCUGCUGACCUGUGACCUGCUCCUGUCGCUGCGGACGGCUCUGUGGCAGAAGCAGGCUGGAGCCAGCCAGGCCCUGGGGGAGACCUACCACGCAUCGGGCGCCGAGCUGGCUGGCUUCCAGCGGGACCUGGGCAGCCUGCGCAGGCUGGCACACAGCUUCCGCCUGGCCUACCGCAAGGUGUUCCUGCAUGAAGCCACUGUGCGCCUGAUGGCCGGAGCCAGCCCCACCCGCACCCACCAGCUGCUGGAGCACAGCCUGCGAAGGCGCACGGCUCAGAACGCCAAGCACGGAGAGGCGGACGCCUGGCCCGGGCAGCGAGAGCGGGCCACUGCGAUCCUCCUGGCCUGCCGCCACCUCCCUCUCUCCUUCCUGUCCUCCCCGGGCCAGCGGGCCGUGCUGCUGGCCGAGGCUGCCCGCACCCUGGAGAAGGCGGGCGACCGGCGCUCGUGCAGCGACUGCCAGCAGAUGAUCGUCAAGCUGGGGGGCGGCACCGCCAUCGCCGCCUCCUGAC